AUGUCGGCCAAGAUAGCAAAGACAAUUGCGCGGCAGAAAGAAAAAUUGCUGCUGAGCUUCAUGCCCCUCUCUUCAGCCAAUCCACGGCACAUGCACACAAACACAAACACAAACACACUCGACGCUUCACGUUCAGAGACCCUAACAUGUGCGACUUUCAGGAUCGCCGAAGGAAACUUCUACGAAGCGCACCAGCAACUCCGCGUCAUCACCGCCCGCUACCUCAAGGCCUCCGACUACACCUCCGCCUGCGACGUGCUGUACAAUGGCGCCUUACUCCUCCUCCGCGCCGACCAGGGCGGCUCGGGCGGCGACCUGGCGCUCAUGCUGCUGAACGACGUCUACGUCAAGGGCGAAUACGCGUGUGACGGCGAGAACAAGCAGAGGCUGUUGGAGAUUUUCCGUGCGUUUCCCAAGGAGGAACCCACCAGGAAGAGAUUCGUGAGCGAGAUGGUCAACUGGAGUGGCAAGUUUGGGGGUUUGGAGAGGGGGGAUGCGGAAAUUCAUCACGAGGUCGGGAAGGUGCUUGCGGAAGAGGGCGAAGCAUACGACGCGGAACGGCAUCUCGUCAUCGGCACACAAGCCUCUGCCCCCGUCCUCGCCAGCUUACACUACGUCUGGUACAAACUGGACCAGCCACACCUCGCACCCAUCUACGCCUCCCGCUCCGUCCUCCCGUACCUGUUGGUCGGCAACCUUUCCAGCGCAAACGCCGCCCUGUCCACCUUCACAUCGCACCUCACGACCCAAAACCCCAAUCUAUUGUCCAUGUCUCAACCCCUCGAGUCGGCCAAGUCGGGUACUUCGCUCCGAAUCUUCCCUUCGAUCCCCCUCCUCAACUUCCUCUCCCUGCUUCUCCUCGCGUGUCAAAAAGCCGACGCGGGUUUAUUCCGCCAACUCGCCAAAUUCUACGCCCCGCACCUGAAGGAGGUCGAGGGCCUGUGGAGCGAGCCCCUGGCACAUGUCGGAGAGAUCUGGUUCGGGAUCAAGAUCCCCCGGCAGAGUGCGGGCAAUCCGUUGUUUGACAUGAUGGGCAGUAUGCUCUUCGGUGGUGGACAGCAGCCGGGGAACAAAGCAGCGACACCGAGGUCGGGCACACCCAAACCUGCUGCAGGAGGUGGUGCCCGGAAAGAAAUUGAGAAGCCGCCGACGAUGGACUUGGACUGA